UCAGAGCUAUAGAUCAUCCCUAGUUCCCUACACUACAUCGAUAACCAUGGCUUCUUCUUCCUCCUCCUCAUCAAAACCCGAUGUGUUUCUGAGUUUUAGAAAGGAGGACACCGGUAGGACUUUCGUCAGCCAUCUCUACCGUUCGUUGGACUCAAAACGAAUUCGAACUUACAAAGAUGUGAACCAGCAGACGACGAGAGAAGGAAAAAUUUCGCCUGAAACCGCUAAGGCAAUCAGAGAGUCGAAGAUUGCCGUCGUUGUGAUAUCGGAGAACUACGCCUCUUCCGUCUGGUGCUUGGAGGUACUCGCGGAGAUUAUUGAGCGUUCGUGGCUCAUCAAAAUCAAAACAGUCUUCUACGAAGUGGAUCCGGAGGAUUUGACAAAACCAACCGGAAAAUUCGCGGAAGACUUGAGGAGACAUGAAGAAAUAGAAACUCCGGAGACUGUGAAUCACUGGAGGAAUGCACUGGAUCGAUUAGAGAGCCGCACCGACCGUAGAUUUUGCUCGCGCGAUUGGGAGGAUGAUUCCAAGAUGCUCGAUAAUCUUAUCAUCAACAUUACUUCUCCUACUGACGCCCUCCAAUCACUUCGUCGAAAGGCAUCAGCAAUCAGGCAAUCUAGUGUUGGCCUACUAGAAUCGAGUGUUUCGGGAUUGACGACAGAUAUCGAUAGCAAGUAUAAACCCAAAAGCUUAUCUGCUUCUGGAGAAACUGCACUUGGACUUGAGAGAUAUGCACUUGAAGACACAUCUGUUGUGGAUGAUAUGUCAAAUGAAUCGCCUUCUCCCGCAUCUGACGAAUCCAACGGUCUUGUUGGUAUGUAUCGUCAUAAGAAAGCCGUCUAUGGAUUGCUGGAUUUGGAAUCUACGAACCAGGUCCGCACACUUGGCAUUUGGGGUUUCCAAGGCGUUGGUAAAACGACACUCGCUGAGUGUGUUUUCGACGACAUCUCAGGCCACUUUCAACACCACUGCUUCCUAACCAAUGUCAACAAAAUCUAUCAGAACCGCAUCUCACCAAGUUUACUUGAACAUCUUACAAUGACAAGAAGUUCUGCUGAUAUCUUUGACGCCAUCAAACCAAGUCUUGUAAACCGAAAAGUGCUGCUUGUAGUUGACGGUGUUGAUGAUACUCAGAGCGAACAAUUUAAGAAUGCCCUCAAGGCUACCCGUUGGCUCGGUGCCGGAAGUAGAGUUAUCAUGACAGCUAUAUUCGACCAUUCACUUAAGUCAUGCGGAGUAAAAUACGAGAUGGAGUGUCUCAGAUAUGAGGAAGCUCUCCAACUCUUCUCUAUACACGCUUUCAAGAGGACUUAUCCUCUUACUGGUUUUGAACCCUUCUCCAUUCGUGCUGUCCACUUUGCUGGAUGUCUUCCUCUUGCCCUCAAAGUACUCGGUUCAUUUUUAUUUGAUAAAGACAAAGAGAGUUGGAAAAGAACAUUGCGCAAGCUCGAAGCAUCACAAGAUAAUGGUAGCCGUCAGAUAUCUAAUUACAUCGGGGCAGGUGAAUACCUUCCAAGACAUCAAAUCGAAUUGGAACAAUAUGUAGGAGCAGAUGAAGAAGAAUAUACACCUUCAUAUCUCAUGUUGCUUUGAGUCUUUGACAAUCAAAGUGCAUACCAUGUUCUAAGCCUACUCAAAGUAUUUGGUGGAUGUGCCAAAUACAAUAAAAGUGAUGUAUCUGUCAUCUGUGUUGAUGAUAGCUCGUUACCCAGCAUCUAUGCAAAACUUGUAACUUUACAUUUAUACUUCUUGUAUCCUGAAAAGUGAUUUGUAGGCGUUGUCACUGAAGACUGAGAUCA